AUGAUUCUACUUCACUUUGCGCUCCACAUAUUUUGCCUUGUCAGCUUGGCAACAGCAGCUGAUUGGAAGCCUAAGGUGUCCAAGACGCAACAUGAGACGAUUUUUGACAUGUUCUACUUUGACGACUCUCCAGUGAUGUUGAGCAUCAACGAACAAAAGCUUCUGAUCUCUCCAGACAAUGCAGAGACUUGGAAACCUGUUGAUUUGAAGCUCAGCUCUGGAGAACCAGCCAACAUCACUUCCUGUGUGAUUGUUCCGUCAGAUAACCAGCUGGCAUUUGCACUUACUGGAGAGAAAACACAAUUUUAUACCCGUGACCAGGGAAAAACCUGGCAAAGCCUCGACGUGGAUCAUCCUGGAGGACCGCUUAGUUGGGGCACAGUUGAGGUCAACUAUGCGAAACCAGACAUGAUCUUGUUCAGUUUUGUCGACUGUUCUGAGAAAGACAACUUUAUCUACACCUGUGAAAAUCAUUGGCUGUACAGCACAGACGGACUCAAGAGCUCUCCAAAGAAGAUUCCGCUGGAAAACCUUGAACAAUGUAUGUUCCUCAAACAGAACAAGGCAUUUACCAGUGGUCCUGACGAGCGUGUUGUUUGUAUUCAAAGAGAGAAGGCAGACUCGGGAUUGAUGCAGUCGCCUACUCGCCUAGUGGCCAGCUCGGAUUUUUUCAAGACGGUGGAAAAUAACUUUGGUGAUGUCUCCAAUUACCAGGCGCUCAACAUCGAGGUGGAGCAGUCGUUUCUCAUUGUGACGGUGGCUCAUGAUCAGUUCUCGCCGGACUCGGAAGUGUCGUUGUAUAUCUCCAAGGACGGAAAGACGUUCGACAAGGCCUUUUUCGAGAACCAGAUGAAAUCGUGGAUGUUUAGAGUUCUCCCAUCCACUCCGUCUUCUCUUUACCUUGGCAUUUUUGACGACAUGAACUCUAAACACAUGGAAAUGACCGCCGAUCUGUACAAGUCUGACUCCACUGGUUUGUUUUUCGACAAAGUUUACGACGGAUAUUUGGCGAAUGGGUUUGGACUCAGUGAUUUCACCAAGGUGCAGGAGAUUGACGGUGUUUACAUCAUUCUCAGUCACGAGAACCGUAUGGACAAAAAUAGCGAACCGUUGUCCAAGUCCAAGAUCACUUUCGACGAUGGUAAGACCUGGUCGUUCCUAAAGACAAGCGAUCAAGACGGGUGCAAUGGUGACCGGGACUGUUCUUUGAACCUGGUCUGGACCACAAUGAGAAGUUCUGAUGGAAAUUUCGAAACAGGGCCAACUCCUGGAAUCAUUCUUGGUAUUGGAAACACCGGCAAAUACACCACCAAGGACCUGAAAGACUUGAAAUCCUACGUCUCCAGAGACGGCGGAAGAACUUGGAAGAAAGUGCUUGACUCUGCCUGUGUUUUCACGUUUGCCGAUCUGGGAAAUAUCAUUGCCGCCGUUCCUGUCGACAUGACCAGUUUCACGUCUGGUCAUAUUGACCAAAAGUCGUUACCGAAAGAUCUGAUUUACUCGUUGGACCAGGGAGAGUCCUGGGGUAGCGUUGAUCUUGGUAUAAACGUGUUCCCGCUCGAUCUGCUCACUUCCAAGGACGGAAGCACGCAGCAUGUUGUUCUUCUAGCGGAAGCAAACAGUUUCUCGUCGUUCUACUCGUUUGCUAUUGAUUUCACUGGGGCGUUUGAAAAAACGUGUGACGAUUCCGACUACGAAGAUUGGUACGCCAGAGUUGAUCCCGAUACCAACGAGCCGAUCUGUGUGUUUGGCCACAAGGAAAAGUUCAAGAGACGGAAGUACGACGCCAAGUGUUUUGUCAACCACUCGUACCAGGACCUCGAGAAGAUAGAAGAACCAUGUGCCUGUACUAUUGCAGACACCGAAUGUACUUAUGGGUUCAUUCCAGGAGACGACGGCAAAUGCGCUCCAGUUGUUCCAGCGGUGUUCUCCAAAUAUUGCAAAGACAACAAAGGUUCGACGGAUAUCACCACCAGACAACUGGUUCCAGACAAUCUUUGUAACACCAAAGACUCUUUCCAGAUUGAGAAAAAUGACUACACUUUUGAAUGUUCUCAAGAUAUGUCUAACUCCACAUCGGUCAUUCGCACUACCAACACACCGUUUGGUGAGAAAAUUUACAACUUCUUCUAUCUACCGUCAAACGAGAAGUCUCUUCCUGACGAGACUUUGCUGGUUUUGACAAAGUCCAACGAUUUGUUCUUAUCCUACAACGGAGGAAUCAAGUUCCGUAAGUUUUUGAGAGGAAUGGUCAAACCCAUCACUGCAUUUUCCAACACUUAUUUCCCGGACCAUUUCUUUGUGGUCACAGAGAGUAACGAAAUCUUCUACACUGAACAAAGAGGAGACAUGUUCAUGAGUGUUAGAUCGCCUCUAGACUUACAGAAACUUUCCAACCCAAGAAUGACUUUCAACAAGCACAACUCGUCAGAUUAUAUUAUUUACGCCGAUUCUGGAUGCGACAGCUUUUUCUCUUCCAACUGCCAUUCCGAGGCGUACCUCACUAGAGACAAAGGCCAGUCAUUUGUCCAGCUGCCGGAGAACGUCAACACGUGCAGCUAUGUGGGGUCAUUGAUGGACGACAAGGAGUUUGCUGUGAACGAGACUCUUAUUGUGUGCAGCCAGCUGGUGGAUAAUGGCCAGCAUUUUAGAUUGAUUUCCAGCACCGACUACUUUGCAUCGGAGCCAAAAGUUUUGUUUGACAAGAUCAUUGGUUUUGCAGAGACAGGAAAGUUUUUGGUGGCGGCCAAACUCAACGACGACAACUCGUUGACUGCAGUGAUUUCUGUGGACGGUAAAUCAUUUGCCGAGGCCAAAUUCCCAGCCGAUCUUCAGGUGACCCGUCAAACGGCAUACACUAUUCUGGACGUGAACAGCGAGCAGAUCUUUUUGCACGUGACGACCAACUCGUCACCUCAGAGAGAGUUUGGCGCGCUGCUCAAGUCCAACUACAACGGAACAGAGUACGUGGAGCUGCUGGGAAACGUGAACCGUAACGAGUUUGCGUUUGUCGACUUUGAGAGUGUUCAGAGUCUCGAAGGAAUUUCUAUCAUCAACACUGUGAGCAACGCCGAGUCCGUGAAAGAGAAAGGUGAGACCAAGAAAAUCCAGAGCAUGGUCACGUACAACGAUGGCGCCGAAUGGUCGUUGCUUGUUCCUCCUCCUGUUGAUUCUCAGGGCAACAAGUACGGUUGCAACGGCAAGUCUUUGGAAACAUGUUCUUUGCAUUUGCACUCGUUCACAGAGAGAAACGACCCGGGCAGAGACACGUACUCGUCUGCGUCUGCUGUUGGACUGAUGUUUGGUGUUGGAAACGUUGGCGAAUCUCUGCUUCCGUUCGAGUCUGACCAAACUGCCACCUUUUUCUCUGCAGAUGCCGGAGCCACUUGGAAAGAGGUGCGCCAGGGCAACUACAUGUGGGAGUUUGGCGACCAGGGCUCGAUUCUUGUUCUUGUAAAGGCCGGACUGACCAAGGUGGUUUCAUACUCGUUGGACGAGGGAGGAACUUGGCAAGAUUUCCAGUUUAGCGACACCGAAAGAGAGGUGGAAGACAUUGCCACUGUUCCAAGCGACACUGCACGGAAAUUCAUUCUGAUUGUCAAGGACGGUCCAGACCGCGACGAGAUUGUUUCGUUGGACUUUUCUGGAAUCCAGUCGCGCCAGUGCAAGCUGGAGGUGAACAACGACAACGAGCUGAUCAGUUUCGACGAUUUCGAGUACUGGACUCCAAAACACCCAUUCCAGUCAACCUCGUGUUUGUUUGGCCACGAGUCCAGAUACCCAAGACGCAAGCCUUCUGCCACAGACUGUUUUGUUGGUGCUGCGCCAAUGAACAAGGUGUACAAGAAGACCAAGAACUGCAAAUGCACGCGUCACGACUUUGAGUGCGACUACAACUUUGUGCUUGCCAAGGACGGCACGUGUCAGCUGAUCUCUGGCCUGUCGCCGAUCAACCCGAAGGAGUAUUGCUCGCGCGACGACACGCUGACCGAGUACUGGGAGCCGACUGGCUACCGUAAGAUCCCAAUGAGCACCUGCGAGCAGGGACUGGAGCUGGACAAGUGGAGUUCGCACCCAUGUCCGGGAAAGAGCAAGGAGUACGACAGAAAGCACGGCGUCUCGAGCUCGGGCGGAGUUGCCUUUGCGUUGACGGUGGCCGCUGUGGUGUUCGUUGCCACGCUUGCGUUUGUCUACUACCGGGGCAUUCGCAGAAACGGCGGAUUUUCGCGGUUUGGCGAGAUCAGACUCGACGAGGACGACGAGAUCCAGCUCAUCGAGGAGAACGACGUGGACCGCAUGGUGAACAGAGUUGUCCGGGCGGGGAUCGUGGUGGUUAGUGCGGCCCUGGCGUUCAGACACAAGGUGGCCAGCGUGCUGAAGCAGGGCCUAUUUUCGCGGUUCAGACGCGGCGGCCUCAACAACUACGAGCGGUUCUCGUCCUUCAACGACCGGAUCAUCGACGACGAGGACGCGUCGCUGUUUGAUGUCGACGCCAACGACGACGACGCCCGCGAGAUCGACUCGUUCUUGGACGAGCCCGUCGAGGACCGUGAAUAA